AUGCCUUUCCUAACAUACGGUAUGGUCUACCCGUCUAGCCAAUUGCCCUUCGCUCCCGUCAGCCAAUCACCCCUACCUGCCUCCUACAGGAAGCCUCCAGCCUCCACACCACGUCGUCUCCGGUCGCCCAAGUUCAGGCCGUCUGAUCAGCCUGGGCCUUGGCGGGCCAUCGGUUUCCCUCAAGCCGCAAAUCAACGGCCUCCUCCCGGUUUACUCGUCACAAACAACUCAUUAAGCUUCGAGGCUGGCUCGGGCUUGACCACCGGCAGAUCGUGGAGCAGUCUUCAGGCUGACGGGGCUGCCUCUUCACUCAGUCAGUCCACCUUUUUAUGUGACUCGAAUUUGCAUUUCGUCAAUUUGUCUCAUCGGAAGCCGACUAAUGUUUAUCUUGGAGUCGAGAUUGCCGAAUUCCGUGAAGAUAGACAUUAG